AUGUCGAUUCUGAAGGUUACAUGUCUCCUUGCGUUGGUCUCGCUCGGGCUUGGACAGGUGAACAAGCAAAUAUCUCCUUUGUCUUCUAAUGGCGUUCCUGACGAAAGAUUCUCCUAUCGGAAAUCGGUCUUCAAAAUGUUUCUUAACUUGAGGGCGUCCGGAACGAUUACUACAUCGUUUCGCAAAUCCGUGGCGACGUUGUUCCAUGCAACAAGUGAUUUUGCUUUUCUAGUUUCAUCUGGUCGCGAGUUUUUUGUCAGCUCUUUGCGCAUGAUCCGUCCGACUUCUGUGUCUAUCUUGUUAAAGAGCAAUUCUUCAGCGACGAUUUCAGUGAACCCGGUUUCAGUUCUCGUACAUCGAAGCGCAUCUACGUCCCCUCAUUUCGAUAUCGCUGUACUCAAGGUUUCCCUAUCCGGCUUGGACUCAGUGGUCUUCAGAAGUCCUGUUUCCAUCGCCACAGUGGCGGAAGAAGCUAGCAUCGCAUUCAGCUGCGAAACACUGAUCCAGAAGGGGCAGCCGUUGUUCUGCCCGUUAUCGCAUGUGGAACGUUCGCGAAAACAGACCACCGUUCUUGCUGGCAUCUUCUCUGUCCAUAAUUGCGAGGUCAAAUCGCGUCUUAUCAACUUGUAUAUGAAAACUGCUCCACAUACCGAUUGGCUAAAUAACGCAAUUACCAUAUUGGACAUUGUUAAACCUGGAACAUACAGUAUCACAGAAGAUCAGCGACUGUUCGACGCCGGUAACAUAGAAAGACCCCUUCCCUGCCAGUGGCCAUCUGACUACAGUGGCGAACGAGAAGAAACGCCUCGUGAUGCGUCACUUCUCAGCGUUUUGUCGAAUGACCAGGUUCGAGUGGGCGUUUACGUCAAGAACUAUGUUCGGGAUCCAUUCAAUUUCGAUAUCGCAGUUGGCAAAAUCCAUUUUGCUGGGGAAACUCUGCCGCGGAUGCUUCCGGCAUGCCUGCCGUUCUCUGAGUACAACCCCGCAGCUACUGGUUUACGCUUUUACGGUAAGAAGCAGUGUUGGUAUGGCGAUUUUGGAACGAAUCGUGGUACAUCGAAGACACUUCAUAUCAGAGACUUUAAAAGAAUACGCUGCUCCUGCAACUCAACAGCAACGACUGUCUGCGUUCUUCGCAGUGAUUCAGAUGUCGAAACGGCGCCAAACGAAAGUCCGCUUCUCACGAUCUCCAGCUAUCUUGGCGUCAGACGUUCCAAACUAACUCUAGUUGGAUUGCAACGCAUGAACAACACCGGUGACGUCAGAUGUUCUCAAGAAAGUCAGAUGCAACCAACAUUGCGGGUUUUCACCGAUGUCUCUGCCUUUAGAGGAUGGUUCGAAACAGCAAUUGAUUUUCUCAAACAGAAUACAGUCGAUGGGCUGUACUACCGUUGA